AUGGUGCUGGCUAUAAACAACAACAAACUCACGAGUAUCGAUUUUCGAAGGUUACCAGAACAUCUCACGGACCUUUCAGUUCGCUCCAACUACAUUAAUACUCUUCAUUAUCUACCUGGAAGUGCACGGAGAAGGACGUCAGUGUCAGCCGCAUGCUAA